AUGGCCAUCCCACUCACGGACAAGACCGAAAACCAAAGCGAGAAGCUGCAGAGGAUCUCGAACCGGCUGAGCUCACUGCCGUCCAUCGCCCUGCCCACCGACCACCCGCGUCCAGUCAACCAGUCCAUCAACCAGAAGGUCGUACAAGCUUCCAUCGACUCUCAGCUCAAUCAGAAGGCAUCCCUCGCCAUCUCAAGGUUAUCGCUGCUCGACACCGACCUCAUCGAUCGGCCGAGUCCUUUCCAUCUGCUGCUCACCAGCUUCGUGAUCCUACUGUAUCGCUAUACAUCCGAGACGGAUAUCCUGAUUGCUACCUCAAGUCCGUCGGCGGAUCAUCCGGACCCACUUCUACUCAGGGUCUCUCUCAGCUCAGAUCAGUCAUUCUCCAGCUUGCUCAAAUCGAUCGUCAGCCUCCAAGCCGAGGCCGAAGCUGAUCAUGUCCCAUUCGAUCAACUACUCAAGGCCAUCGGCCGAAACCAAGCCAACACAGCCGAGUCAAACUAUGCCCCCCUCUUCAGAGUUCGAUUCCUGGAGGCUACCGAUCCUACCGGUCAAGACUUCGUUCACUCAACCUCGCUGACCACCGAUCUGACUAUCAUCGUCAAGUCUAUCGAUGACCCUCAAGUUUCCAAAACUACCCCUUCCUCCCGCCAACCCUUACUUCCCGGGGUCCUCUCGCUCAACAUCCUCUACAAUUCCCUCUUGUUUUCAUCCAACAGGAUACACACCCUCCUCGAACAGCUCUCGGCGAUCAUCAUCCAGGCCUCUCUUCAACCUGAAUCUUGCAUCAGUACCAUCCCACUCUUAGGGCCACUCCAGCAACCCUAUCUACCCGAUCCCUGUGAGAAUUUACAUUGGACAAAAUGGCCCGGCCCAAUCACCCAGAUCUUUGCUCGAAACUCUGAGCAACAUCCUGACAAGCUAUGCGUGGUCGAGCACUACGACGGAACAACACCACCCACUUCGACUCUCAACUCUCCGCCUCUCGAGCGCACCUUCACCUACUCUCAGAUUCAUCAGGCGUCGAACGUGCUGGCUCACCACCUACUUCAACACGCAAUUCUUCCGGAGGAAGUCGUUACCGUCUACUCAACCAGAGGCGUCGAUUUGGUGAUCGCCAUCAUGGGAAUCCUCAAAGCUGGCGCUACCUUCAGCGUCAUCGAUCCAGCCUAUCCCACUCAGAGGCAAAAGAUUUAUCUUGAAGUCUCCAAACCCCGCGGUUUGAUUAUCCUCGAAAGAGCUGGCCAGCUGUCUCCCGAAGUCGAGGCUUUCAUCAAAUCAGACUUGGACAUCAAGGUCACCGUCCCCGCCCUCGCUUUACAAAACACUGGCGAUCUCAAAGGUGGCCACAUCGGAAACGCAACCGGAGUCGAUGUCUUGCACGAUGCCCAGCAUCUGGCGCCUCAAUUGCCUUCAGUGAAGAUCGGACCCGACUCGAUCGGUACUCUUUCAUUCACCUCUGGGUCGACCGGGAUCCCCAAAGGUGUUCAAGGUCGUCACUUCAGUCUCACUCAUUUUUUCCCAUGGAUGGCCCAACAAUUCAACUUGGACAACAGUAGCAAGUUCACUAUGUUGAGUGGUAUCGCACACGAUCCCAUCCAGAGGGACAUCUUCACUCCCCUCUUCCUCGGCGCCGAAUUACACAUCCCCACAGCUGAAGAUAUCGGAACCCCCGGUCGAUUGGCAGAAUGGAUGGACGAUCAGCAAGUUACGGUCACCCAUCUCACACCCGCAAUGGGUCAAUUACUCUCCGCUCAAGCAUCCCGACAGAUCCCUUCUCUGAAAAACGCUUUUUUUGUCGGUGAUGUCCUCACCAAGCGAGAUUGCUCUCGGCUUCAACACAUUGCCCCCAACGUUGAUAUCAUCAACAUGUUCGGCACCACCGAGACUCAACGUGCGGUUUCUUAUCAUUUGAUUCCGUCGAUUGCCAAAGAUCCGAUCUAUCUCGAAACCAAGAAAGACAUUGUUCCGGCUGGCCAAGGUAUGAAAGAUGUCCAACUACUCGUCGUCAACCGGGUUGCAAAAGGAUUACAAUGCGGCGUCGGAGAGUUGGGCGAGAUCUACGUCCGAUCGAGUGGGUUGGCCGAAGGAUACCUUGGAACGCCGGAGAUGUCCGCUGAAAAGUUCAUGCUCAAUUGGUUCUACUCCAUCCCAUCGGAACAACGAGCAGUGGAUGCCGAUAUGGGCGGUAAAUGGCUUGGGCUCAGAGAUCGAUUGUACAGAACGGGAGACCUCGGUCGUUAUCUGCCCGAUGGAACUGUCGAAUGUGUUGGCCGAUCGGAUGACCAGAUCAAGAUUCGCGGCUUCCGAAUUGAACUUGGCGAAAUCGACACUCAUCUUUCCCAGCAUCCCUCAAUCCGGGAAAAUGUUACCUUGGUUCGACGAGACAAGGAUGAAGAGAAAAUUCUCAUCACGUACUUCGUACCCAACCAGCCUAAAUCUGGAUCACCCGAGGUCCCCCUUACUAGUGCGAGCGAGCUGGAAGACGACGAGGAGCCCGUGAGUGAGGUCGAGAAGGGAAUCAGAAAGUAUCGCAAGCUGAUCAGAAACAUCCGAGAAUACUUGAAAACUAAGCUGCCCGCUUACAGCGUUCCAACCCUAUUCGUGCCAUUGGUACGAAUGCCGUUGAAUCCUAACGGAAAGAUCGACAAACCGGCUCUUCCCUUCCCAGACACCGCCCUCCAACCAUCUUCCCGAGCCAAAAAGUCUUCAACUCCUCACCAAUUUUCUUCGACCGAAACAGCCAUCCAGACGAUUUGGAAAACUUUGCUGCCCAAUAAUAUUUACAGCAAGUCGACGAUUCCCAAAAACGAAAGCUUCUUCGAUCUUGGCGGGCAUUCAAUUCUAGCUACUCGCUUGGUGUUUGAAAUCCGAAGGACUCUCGCGGUCAACAUCCCGUUAGGAUUGGUGUUUGAGUACCCAACCAUUGGCUCCCUAGCUCAGCAAGUCGACAUGUGCAAGAAUAACGACUUUGGUUUAGCCAGAGAGGAUGAAGAACAAACUCAAGAUGGCACCCAUUUAAGCCCAUCAGCCCAGCCCACUGGCGCAUCCUCGGCUGCUCCAGGUCAACCCCAGAGUGCAUUUGAUUAUGCUGCGGAUGCGAAGGCGUUGAUGAAGACGUUGAAGCCAAAAUACUCGGCGCCGAUCGAAUCAAGCGACAAGAAAACGGUUCUCCUGACUGGCGCAACCGGCUUCUUGGGGGUGUUCAUUCUCCGGGAACUCCUAAACCGAACCGACACCAUUGGCACGGUGAUCUGCCAUUUGCGAGCCAAAACCAAGGACGCAGGCCUUACGCGCCUUCGGGAGAGCUGUCAGAGUCGAGGGUUUUGGAAGGAGGAAUGGUUGUCAGAAAACUUGGUCGAGGUAGUCCUCGGCGACCUCGAAUCACGACAGCUAGGUGUUGGUGAUCAGGCGUGGAAUGACUUGAGCGAACGAGUUGACAUCGUAGUUCACAACGGCGCAUUGGUGCACUGGGUUUACCCAUACUCGAAGUUGCGAACCGCCAAUGUGAUGUCUACCUUGACUCUGAUGGAGCUCGUGGCAAUCGGCAAACCGAAAGCGCUGACGUUUGUUUCAAGUACCGCUGUCCUCGAGAAAGAUCACUACGUCAGUCUGUCCGAUGCUCUCAUCCAACGGGGCAAGAAGGGGAUUUCGGAAUCGGAUGAUUUGGAAGCUUCGGCAAGUGGUCUCACCACCGGUUACGGCCAGACCAAAUGGGUUUCCGAGCGUCUCGUCUCAGAAGCUGGUCGACGAGGCAUGCGAGGCGCAAUCAUUCGACCAGCCUACGUGCUGGGGGAUACCGAAACUGGCGUCAGCAACACCGAUGAUUUCUUAUGGAGAUUAGUCAAAGGAUGUAUCCAGAUCGGCUCGAUACCUGAUAUCCACAACACCAUCAACAUGCUGCCAGUCAAUCAUGUAGCAAGUUGUACGGUUCUAGCCUCGCUUGAAAGUCGAGACCCUUUGAAAGUCUACCAUCUAACGGCCCGACCCCUACCACGGUUUAGCUCGUUCCUCGAUACAUUAAGUCAUUAUGGGUACGAGGUCAGCAAAGAAGAUUACCUCACGUGGAGGAUCAGACUAGAACAAUCGAUCAUGAAGAACGAUCCCCAAGAUAACGCAUUAUUCCCUUUGCUGCAUUUCGUCUUAUCCGAUCUCCCCUCGAGUACCAAAUCGGCCGAGUUAGAUGACCUCAACACCACCCUGCUCUUGAAGAAAAACCAGCUGAUGGAUCAUCGCUCGGUCGAGACUGCCGACCUGGCUGUCUAUCUUGCCUGGCUAAUCCAAGUCGGCUUCUUGCCGUCGCCCUCAAAAUCUGCAAACCCGCUCCCUAAUUUAUCUCUUGAUCAUCACAUGAAAAAACUUAUCAGUAGAACUGGCCGUUGA